AUGGCUACGCCGACUGUUCAAGUUGAUGAUAAGUAUAGGAAAGUCAAACGUGCUGAACUUGAAGAGUUUUUUAAAGAUCUGGAUAUAAAGAAAAAAGAUUUGGAUAAGAUAAUAGAAAAUGAGCUCGAGGCAUUGCCUGAAUCAGUACAGAACAAGCCAUACAUCGCUGCAUCAGCCCCAGGCAGCGUUAGAACUGAGUAUCAAGUGAUGACAGGUCAACCGUUCACGGAAGUUGGUGACCACUCUAAACCAUUAUCUGACGAGGAAAUUAAAAAUGUCACUAAAAAUAAUCCAAUUUUAGCUGAAAAAGCAAAGCAAAUACAAAUUGUAAUUAACUCUGAUCGUAAUAAUAGAGAUAUGACGGUACCAUUAAAUCAAAUUAAUAUUUCUAAUUAUAAUGAAAUAAAAGCUGAAUUGGCAUCAGCUGCAGGCGAUCCCGAUGAAAUAAAUAGGAUAAAAUACAAACACAUGCAAGCUUUAUUUAAUUCAGUAGAAAAUUACAAGAACAAAAUGACUGAUGAGGAUCAGGUUGAUAAAGGAAAAGACGGAGAAAGUAUGAUAGAUUCUUCAAGUGAUGACGAAGAGUUUGAAGCUAUUGAUAAAUGUGUAGCAGAAUGUACAAAUAAAUCCUAUGAAACAAGGUUUCAAGAGACUAAAGAGAUGUUACUGAGAGUAGCUGAUAAAUAUGACGAUCCUAAUAUAUCAGAAAGCGAGAAGAGUAAGCCUAAUGAAGUAGAAAGUUACCCUAUUCUAAAAGAAUCUUCAUCAUGUUUGAUUAAAGCGUCAAAGCAAUCUUCUAUUUUGCAAGACGUUAAAGAAACAUAUGCCAUUAAUAAAGCUAUGAAUAUACCUCUACAAGACAACCCGGUAAAACUAAACCUUAACCGAAAACCAGAGGAGAAAGUCAAGAAACAACUUGACAAAAAGAAAUCAGCAAUGCUAGAAAAACUAACAGAUACUGAAGAAGCUCUCUUAAAAAUUGAUAAUAUUUUGAGCGAUUCAAUUCCCAACAAAGAUUUAGAUGAUAAUUUGAAAGAUUCUGUUCAAAUCGACAAAAUUGAGAACAAAAACCAUAUUGUUGAAAACAAUGACAUUCCAAGUAAUGAUUCCAAAGAAAAAUUCGAUGAGAAAAUGGAAGAAACACUACACAAUGCAUUAGAAAACAUUUUUGAAAUAGGCAAGAAUGAAAAUAAGGAAAAUAAUGAAUUAGAAUUCAAAGAAAUGAAAAAUUUGGCUCGAAACAUUGUUGAAGGUGCAGAAAAUCUCAGCACUCUUAUAAGAGAAGAUAUAACUAACAAACUUAACACCAUGAAUGAACUAUUAAAUGACGUUAACGAAGCAUUGGAAAAUUCUAGAAAAUCUAAUAUCGCAUACCAGAAGAUGAAAGAAGAAGGAGAGGUCCGCAAACGGGUUAAAGAAAUAGAAGGAAGUAGAGAGGGACAUAAUUCUGAUUUAAGUUCUGUAUCUUUGGGUGAUAUAGAUAAUAUAAAUCAGGCAAUAUCAAAAAUUAACACAGAAAUAGAAUGCCAAGAAUCCAGAGUUAGCACCAGUCGAUCAAACUAUGUAGCGAGAAGUAAAGAGUGUCAAGAUUUUAUUAAAGAAGUAGAUGUUAUUUUGGAAAAAUCUCACAAAAUCCUACACCCCUGCGACUCCAAAAACGAUGAAGAGAAAAAUAACACAGGCGAUUCUGUUAAGAGUAAUGUAGGUGAACGCAAGGAGUUGUGGGACGUAGAUUUAAAGCUGAACACAACCAAAAUAGACAACUUACAGAAGCAACAUAUGGAAAGGAACAAGAGAAUUGAUAAUCUAUUGUACGAUAUUAAGGACAAAAUGAAGGAUAAUAAAGAAGUGUUACGACUAGCAAAUAAUCUAUUGAGGCGAGAAGAGGGCAAGAAGAAGUUACAAGAGAAAAAAGUGUCUGAAACACCGCAUAUUGAACACGACGAUAGAGCUAUGGGAGACCAUGUUGGAGUUGAAGAAAAUAAAGAUGAUAAUACUAAAGUUCCUUCGUCUGACAAUGAGAUUACAGUCCAAAAAGAAAUUGAAAUAAAGAAGGAACAGGCUGAAAAAGAGAAACAAAGAGAAUUCCAGUUAAAGCUUGAAAAGGAAAUAGAAGAUAAAGGUCCUAGGAUGACAAAACAGUUUAUAAAAAAUCAUUGUAAACAACACAAGUUGUAUUCGACACCGUAUCUUAAUGAUAUUUUAUAUUUACAUUUUAAGGGUUUUUCCAAAAUUGAAAACUUGGAAGAGUACACUGGUUUGAAAUGUAUUUUCUUGGAAAAUAAUGGCAUCCAACGUAUCGAGGGUUUGGAUACAUUGUCGGAAUUGAAAUGUCUCUACCUUCACUAUAACGUUGUUAGAAAAAUCGAGAAUCUCCAAGGAUGUCCGAAACUUGACACACUUAACUUGGAUCACAACUAUGUUAAGAAGAUUGAAAAUUUAGAUGUCGUUCCUGACUUGCACACUUUAAGUCUUGGCCACAACAUGUUAACAACUGUCGAGGACUUGGAGUCAUUGAGAUUAUGCAACAAUCUGUCAGUGUUAGAUUUAUCUUACAAUCGCUUAGAGGAUCCUCUUAUUGUGGACGUAUUGGCUGACAUGGCGCUUUUGAAAGUGUUAGUUCUGACCGGUAACCCUGUGGUCCGUAACAUUCCCGCCUACCGCAAGACGUUGACUCUCCGUCUGAAGGAGCUCCUCAACCUCGACAACCGGCCCGUGUUCCCUCGGGACAGAGCCUGCGCUGAGGCCUGGCAGCGAGGAGGAGUCCAGGAAGAGAUAGCUGAGAGACGCCGUUGGAUAGCCAAAGAUCAAGAGAAGGUGAUGCAGAGUGUCCGCUACCUUAUAAAGAUGAGAGAUGAGAACAAACAGAAGAGGGAGGCUCGGGAACGAGAGGAGAGAGAGAGUCUCGGCCUGCCACCAGUCGUGCUUGAGGAUGACAGUAUCGAUACUAAAGUGAUAAGUGGCGAGGAAUUGGCUCCUGAUACUAAAUUAGACGAAACUGAAAAGAAAGAACAGUCUGGUGUCGUGCCGGACAUGCUCUCCGGGACGGAAGCUGAAGACAGCACCAGCGAGAGUGAUUCAGACAGCGAUUCCAGUGAAAACAAAACAGAGAUGGGACAAAUAGAAUGGUCGCAGGUGGACCGUGGCAAACAUCUCAUACAAGAACUGAAGGAAGAACAGACACCGGAGGAACAGUGGUCGGGUUUUGGUUUGAAUUCGACCGGAGACAUAAAGACUUCGAACGAGCUACAAGCUAUCAGUAAUCUAUUAUUCAAUGAACCACCUCACGUUAAAACUAAGAGAGUGUCACAGACAUUAAAAGAAUCUAGAGAAAUUUUAAAGGAAGCGUUGAACACUGGUGAAGUUACUGAAGAAGAAAUGAAAACUGAUGCGAGACCAAAACCACUUAUUGAAGUGUUAGAAGAAUAUAACAAGAGACCAAAGAAAACGGAAGAAGAAUGCGUCCCAGAAGUUAUAAAUCUUACCGGAAUUACUGAAGAAGGUGACUUGAUAAUAGACCACGACAAGAAGCUGGCGUAUGAAAGACCAAAGAUUGUAUCACCACCAAAGACUGAGGUGUUUAAAAAAGAAGGAAAUAUCAAAAAAAUUAAGAAAAUGAAGAGAGUUACCAUUAAGCAAGUGAUAGAUGAGGAACCAGAAGACAAUGAAAAUAAAGAAGAGAAUGAAAAGAGAGAUGUUGAAAAUAAAGAAAAACAAAACGAAAAUAAAGAAAAACAAAACGAGACAGAUGUUACAAGUUCUUCUACACAAAAUAUUAGUGUACGCAGAAGAAGCAUCCUCCACAGUGAAGGUCACGGUACAGCUUUUAUGAAUUACAUGAAACAUAUGAAUAAGGAUCCUGACUCCAAGGAGAGUGAUGAAGAUGAAGAUUUGAAGCCGAGCGCCGAAGACGAGGAAAUAUUUAGAGAACUGGAGAAGGAACAGGUUGAGCGAGAGGCCAGGAUCGCUGCGGGGCUACCAGCGGUCGACCCGAUGAAGUUAUACGACGCGGCCACCAUGGAGGCCCACUACAAGCAACUGGAGGCUCCUCCUGCCCACGAACGGGUCACCAGGUGUCAUGUUACUGAGUACAGACAUGAUAAUGUGUUCGACCGGAUCGCUUUGAGCCAACUCACAGGGGGAGAGAGGCCAGAUGAGAAUAAAGCGAAACUAACCCAGGUCCCGGGAGCGGUGUUGUUCUCGUACGUCCACAAACAAACACCCGCCGAAGUUAAUAUUGAGAUAGGAGAAGAAGUUGUAGAUACAGAAGCUUCAACCGCUGGCACGGAGACCAUUCUUAUUGACAGUGACAGUGAUAGUGAUGUGCCUGACACUCCAGACUACAAGAAUGUUAAACUGAGACGACCGACUUCAGCUGGAGUUAGACGAGAUGAAAAAUACACCAAUAAUAAUGUUUCACGCACUAGUAAACAUGACACCGCUAACAAAUCCGUGCCGACCAACGAUGUGACGUCACACGACAGUAAACAGCGGUGUGAAGCCAAAAGAUGCAUCAUAAACACCAUCAACUCCUACGAAGAUAAAAGAUUCCCCUCACAAGGCGUGAAUGCGGACGUGGCAGAGAACGCUCGUAUCGAGGACUCGGUGGCCACGGAGCUGUUGAACAGAACCCUCGAGAUGGAGGAGCAGGAACUGUACCGACACAUCGACGAUGUGAACAAGCACGCGGGGAGGGUCGACAACAGAACUAACUCCAUCAUCGAGGAGAUCUCGGACCAGCUACAGCAGGAGUACACGUUGGCGGAAGUGUCCGAAAUAUUGGAGACGCAUGUUGAAGAAGUUGAACAGAGGAGGAGGGAGAGUGGAGGAAUAUACGAGGAGGAGGAGGCGCUGGACACGACACUAGUGGGAGAUGUGUCCAAUGAUACACUGGUUGGAACGGGAAACGGAAAUGACGUCAUGACUGGUGAUGAUGAAGACCUGGGAGGAGGGGGAGGGGAGGGGUCCGCUGAUGAUGAAGAAUUUGAAGACUGUAUCGAGGAAAUAAACGACUACACACUAGAGAUGAAACUCGCGCUCACUGAUUGA